AGUUGUGAGGUGCUGCCAUGUUUUCAUCUGCUGGUGUCAUGUAGGAUUCUGUGUUGCUGUUUGUUCUGUUCUAGAAGGCGCACUCUUCCUCCUUCCGGGAAUCACAAUGGAGGCCAUCUGAGCUGCUUCCUUAUUUCAGUUGCAAGUUAAAUGACUGAAAAUACUUAUAACCAUAAGUAUAAAAGACUACUGGCAAGUGAAUCUGUGACGGGUGUUUGAGAGUGUUGGCAGAAGUAGCUGUGUUGUUGCCCGUUUUAUGGCGGAAGUGGUGGAGGAGAAAAUGAAGCCGGACCUGGAGCGAAGCCGUUUCCCUCACUGUGUUGUCUGGACACCUAUCCCAGUCUUAACAUGGUUAUUUCCCUUCAUUGGUCACAUGGGAAUCUGUACAUCAUCUGGUGUAAUCCGAGACUUUGCCGGACCUUAUUUUGUGUCUGAAGAUUGUAUGGCAUUUGGGAAACCAGUCAAAUACUGGCAAUUAGAUCCUAAUCUUGUCUAUGCCAAUGGUCCCAAUCCAUGGGAUACAGCUGUCCACGAAGCUUCUGAAGAGUAUAAACAUCGCAUGCACAAUUUAUGCUGUGACAACUGUCAUUCCCAUGUGGCUAUGGCUUUGAACCUUAUGAAGUACAAUAACACAAACUGGAAUAUGGUGAAACUCUGUAUGCUGAGCUUGGUUUACAGUAAAUAUGUUAGUGUCGGAGGCUUCCUGAAGACCUGGGUCCCCUUCUUCUUGUUGAUAGGGGCAGUUAUCACAAUUGUGCUUACUUUACAUCUGCGGUGAAAUUUGUUACGGACUCCUAUUAUUAUCAAUCGGCUUGGUUCUAUCCACUAAUUGGAUUCAAGGAGAAAUUGAGCCAAGGACAGUAUCUUCACAUUGCAGGAUUCUUUACUAAUACUAACUUUCAUAAAGGCUUGCAUGUUCCCCUGUGCCAUGUUUUUUUUCCUUUUUAAAAACAAUUGGCUUUACAGGAAACGUUAUAGUAAACCUUUUGUUCUUUCUUUCAUAUCAGAAAGUACCACAUCUAAUCUCUUAUGGGAUCGAGGCCCUCGUAUCGUAUAGCCAAACAAAAAUGGUGUCGAGAAUGCAUUCAUAAGCACAGUACAACUGUAAAUACAAUAUGGAAUUUAAUUCCAUGCCAUAGUUUUUUUACUGGUAUAGUCAAUUGAUUAUGUAACUGUUGGUGUUUGCAUAUAUUAAUAAAGUGAAAUAUUAUGGUUCUA